CCUGGGAAGCGGGAAGCGCGCACGGCGGCCGCCUCCGCCACUGCAGCCGCAGCCCCCGAUGUCGCCGCACUAACCGGAACCCAGGUCACAGCAUCAGCACCGCCGGCCGGGCAGAUCCCGGGAGCCUUCCACCCCGCAGGAUGGCUGGGGCACCUCCAAGUUACUCUUUCGUGGCUUUCCCGCCACGUACUAAGGAUGGCCUGGUGGUGUUUGGGAAGAAUUCAGCUCGUCCCAGAGAUGAAGUGCAGGAGAUUGUGUAUUUCCCAGGUGCUGAUUAUGAGCCUGAAAGCAAGGUGGAGUGCACUUACAUUUCGAUUGACCAAGUUCUGAGGACCCAUGCCAUAGUGAUAAGCAGACCUGCCUGGCUUUGGGGAGCAGAAAUGGGAGCCAAUGAACAUGGAGUAUGCAUAGCCAAUGAAGCCAUCAAUGCUAGAGAACCUGCUGCUGAGACUGAAGCCUUACUGGGGAUGGAUCUGGUCAGGCUUGGUUUAGAAAGAGGAGCAACAGCAAAAGAAGCCUUAGAUGUCAUUGUCUCUUUGUUGGAAGAACAUGGGCAAGGUGGGAAUUACUAUGAAGAUGCAAACUCCUGCCAUAGUUUUCAAAGUGCAUACCUGCUUGUGGAUCGUGAUGAAGCCUGGGCACUGGAGACCGUAGGAAAAUACUGGGCUGCAGAAAAAAUCACAGAGGGAGUAAGGUGCAUCUGCAACCAGCUUUCACUCACCACUAAGAUGGAUGCAGAGCACCCGGAACUCAGGGCGUAUGCUCAGAGUCAAGGCUGGUGGACGGGAGAGGAUGAGUUCAAUUUUUCCCAGGUUUUUUCUCCAGCUGAUGAUCUUCCUGACUGCUGUGCAGGCAAAGAUAGCUUAGAAAAACAAGAAGAAAUCAUCACUGCGCAGACGAUGAUUAACAUCUUACGAGACAAAGCCAGUGGAAUCUGCAUAGAUUCUGACUCUUUCCUCACCACGGCCAGUAUAGUAUCUGUCCUGCCACAGAGAAAAAGCUCGCCAUGCAUUCACUACUUCACUGGGACCCCAGAUCCUUCCAGGUCCAUUUUCAAGCCUUUCAUCUUUGUUGAUGAUGUGAAACUUGUUCCCAAAGCACAGUCUCCCUGUUUUGGGGACGAUGAUCCUGCCAAAAAGGAGCCUCGGUUCCAGGAGAAACCAGAUCGCCGGCAUGAGCUGUAUAAGGCCCAUGAAUGGGCACGUGCUGUCAUCGAAAGUGACCAGGAGCAGGGCCGCACACUGAGGAAGACCAUGCUGGAGUUGGAAAAGCAAGGUCUGGAAGCCAUGGAAGAAAUCCUGAGCAGCCCCGACCCUCCAGACUCUGCUGAGAUGGGGGACCUUUUCUAUGACUGUGUUGACACGGAGAUUAAGUUCUUUAAGUGAAGUAAGCAGCUCUUCUCUCUUCUUAUUUAACAUGCCCCAUUUGACUAAAUGACCAGCAAAACAAAUCACUCUUCUGUGUGAGCAAAAUGAGAAAAAGAUGUGGCCUCUUGUUCUGAAGCCAGAUCAAGCUGAUCCCGUGUGUCUCCAAACAUCCUCUUCUCUGCUGCAUAUUUGUCCCCUUCCUUUGCUAAGUAACAUGUAUCUCCAUCGCCUGUCAUUCUGUGGCAUGAUGAAUUAUGGGUUUGAAGUUGCUCUUCUUGUAUUUCAGUCACAGUGGGCGCAUUAGCCUCUUUCAAGGAGGCUAGAGUUCAUCGAACCUGGAAAGACGUGCUUUGCAAGGCCGAGUCUGUAAGGAAAGUAAGACCUUUUGAAAGUUUAGUCUUUUUCUUGGUACUUGUUUCUUCUAGUACAAAAGGUAUUUGUUUGCAUAAGGGGCUCUGUGUGUGUGUCAGGGAGAGUUCCCAGUUUCCCUUUGCUGGAGCAGGGGCCUGUAUAUAGAGGAUGGUGUCUACAGGUAUGUCCUGGGGAACAAUGCCUUUGGGAGGGAACAAAGUGGGUCCUUCUGCAGUUCUGGCUCUAUCCCAAUGCUGAAACCCCGAAGGACUUGUCUUCACCAGCUGUGUCCAUGUGCACUGGACCCCAACCUGGCUCCACAUGCACAAGAGCUGGUAUUAGCUGGAAACGACUCAUCUUCACAGUCUCCCAAAUCACCAUGUUUUACCCCCAAAGGGCAACUGAUUUCCCUACACAGCACAGAGCUGCUGCCUGGAUGCAGCCUUGUUUAGAAGUGAUUCCAGAUCGAUUUGUGGCAUAGUUCCACCCUCCACAGCUGUCACUUGCAGCUAGCAAGGGAAACAAACAAACAAAAACCCCCCUUACAUACUUAGGUCUCUAUUCGAGUAGCUAGAAUCUUAGUGGUCUCUACUUUUCCAACAUUAUCAUUCACCAUCACUACUCUGACUCACCCUGAGAGCAUAGGAAAGCAAGCAAGGAAGACCAAGUGUGCUUAGCCCUGGGAAGACAGAGGGCAAGCAGGCGACAGAUGGUUGAAGGAGCGUUUCUCAGCAGGAUGAUAGCUCAGCCUCAGGCCUUCUGCUCUUGUUUUGCAUUCCACACAUUGGUGUGUAAAACAGCUGAUUUUCUUGGCCUCCCCCAUAAUAUCCUCAUAUCCCACCUUGCCCAGCUUGCGCCUGCAGACAGCUGCAAUCAGGUGACUGAAGCGGCUGGAGGGAGAGUUGGGUGUUUACCUCCAUCUGUUGAAACGCUAGGUCACUUUUAAGCUGGCAAGAGACAGGCAAAAAAUGACCAAUAGAAAUUUAUGAGCACCUAGCGGAAGCCUGCCAUUGAGCCUAAUUAUGCUCAUCCAUGGCAGGAAACUGCACAUGGAAACACUUUAUUAGUAAUCUCCAAAAGGACCCAGGGUGAGUGACUGUCUAACCUAAAAGAUAGCAGCAGUGCAGGUAGCAACAACCCAGCCUCAGACAGGAACAUUGAAGAUCAAGGGUUUUACCUGAAUAUCUUCUUUUUAAUUUUUUUUUUCCUACCAACCCUAUUUGAAGAGUGAUUGUAAGGGGGUGUAUAGACCUGAGCUUUUUGCUCAGUAGUUUUGUAACCAUAAACAGUGAGAAAUGGGGACAAUACUUCAGCUGUAAGUUCAUUGCUAUUCAAAGUGAUGGCUAAUUAUUGCUGAGUGCUUUCGACAGAUUUCCCUGGGCUUUCUCUGCUGUUGAAUUGAGGGUUUCAGGUGCAAGCGGCCAUGCUGACUAUCUACAGUAGUAGCUAAGGUUGGAUGACUGAGGUUUAAGGAGGAUGUAGGAGACCCUGUUUCCUCCUAAGCCCGUCUGCUGAGCUAUUUUAAACAACUCAAUACAGAACACCAUUGUGAGAUCCCACUGUGUGGUCCAACCUCCACCUGUUUGGGAAACAUUUCAUACAUAACAUAUCCAGAUAGCUAAGGAGAAUCAGCGUUUGCUUAGAAGUCUAGUGAGAAUAAAUUACAGAAGUCUUCUUUCGUCACUGUGGCAAAGGUGACAGAUACAGUUCCAACUGCCUAGUUGUAUGGUAGGAAACACAAUUACUACUUCUGAUGCUGGACAUUGACCUUAGUCAAGCCUGGCAGAGAAAGGUCAAUCUUGAGAGUUGUCUUGGCUGACACUGUACAUCAUAACUGUGCUGUCUCAGCAUGAACACUAGAGGGCAGAGUGGCCCUCCAUGACAGCCUAGCAUGAUUUCUGAGCCCGAUUUCUCCCAUUAGGAAAUAUAAGUGGCUUGCAUACCGUCAAGCCUCAGAUAACGGCAGUGGACAAGUUCUUUGUGCACUGGAAUAAGCAGAGAAAGGCAAGAAGAGGGCUAGGAAUCUGCUAAUGUGGUUGUGUGAGUUUACAAUGACUUUAUCCACUUAAGAACUGGAACUAUGCUAGAUUUCAAAUAGACAGUUGUAGGAAGUAUGGCUUUUGAAAUGCUCCCUACAGAUUAUGUUUUGAAGAAAUCUUAUCACUUGGAUGAUUUCUUGACCAAGGAUUACUUUUCUGAAGGCAAUGUGAGGAAAAUAAAGUUCAGGGUUAAAUACAAAAAUAAUGUUCAAAAGUCAUUAUGUGUAAAUAGCUUUCUAGAAUACCAUUUGUGUGUUUAUUAAGAUGGGGGUAGGGGUGCCUGUGCAUGCUUUGUGCAGAAAGAAGCCAUGGACAUAAGAGACAGAACGCCCCCACCUCCCUCCCCUUAAAACCUAACCUUAGUCCGUCUAGUAGAUGGGAUUUACUAUAGAGGAAAACAGACUUUAUGUUCAAGGGCGGAUGCUCUACUUACAAUAAAUUAGCAAAACAGAAAUAGUCAUGUUUAGAUAGAAUAAGAAUAUGAUAAAAAAAAUUAUGGAGAUUCCUUAGUGCCCAACCAUGUAAGACCCAGUGCUAUUAUUAGGAGUCUACUUUACAAACUAACAGGGCAGGUAUGUGACUAUUAGAUCUUAGCAGUAAAGACCCUUUACUGAUGGGUGAGUCAUUAAGUAUGAAAAGUAAUUGUCAACCAAGCAAAUUACUUUUGGUCCUAAUCAAUGCCAUCCCACACCAGUACAUAACUUGGCUAACAAGGUAGGGCCAAUUUGUCUAUCAUCAAACUACUCACUGAAUUCUUGACUGGAGAGCCAGCCAUGUUUUGUUGGAAGAAUCUUCACCUGUGCUCUCUAGCUUUAGGAGAAGGCACAGGGAGUAGAAAGCGAGUAGACCCACUCUGCUGGACAUGCUCCAAUGGAAGAGAAGGAGCAGUAGGUCAGCUGUCCUACAUUACCUUAUGCUUCCUGUAGGUGUGGGAUUUCAUUCCACACAGUCAUACCUUCCUGAUCCCCUUCUGUGAUGUGUGGCAAAUGUGCUUUAUCUAAUUGACACCGACCACCCUGAAAUGUCAUAUGCAGAAUUUUCAUGGGAACACAUAUGCAUAUAUAUAUCUAUAUAUGUAUAUGCAAUCAUGUUGUGAGAAUUUAAAUGUGUUAGCUGGAAAAUGUUAUUGGCAGGGAAUAAUAUAAAAGAAAAUUGUUCUGUUUCCAGUCUGUAGUCUUUAACAAUCUUUUGUACAAAUAUCUACAAACCAGAUAGCUUCCCUGUCUUAACGCUUGCCCUUGGGAUUGUAUCUAAAUGCAUCAAACAUACAAUAAAGAUAACUGAAAUGAA